GUGGAAGAGCGAUAUGUGAGAACGAAAGAGUCUUCUUCGACCAAAAGUCAAAGGACGCAUCGCCGUUCCAAAUUCUUCAUUAUUGACCUUUCUCCACUCGCUGCACACGCCUCUAAUUGCUUCAUUACAUGACAAUGGCGACUCCUGUUGAUCAAUUCAUUCCUUCAUCCUCAGCCAUCUUAGCUAGAUCCUUUCUUCUUUGAUUUCAUAUCAUCUUCCCCUAUUUGUACCUACCCUUGUACGGAUGAACCAGAUGUUUUGAUUCAUUUACACGCCUCUUAUCUUGGGAUUUUCUACAGAAAUUCCGGUUUUAGACUGUAUGAACUUCCUCGGAAAUCGAUAUCUUUGACCUUUUUAGUGUUCGUUUUCAUCCAGGUUCCGGUAUUGAUAUUGGUUUCUUUAGGCAUUUGACAUAAUCAUCCCUGUUAAAAUAGAGAAUUCCUUGCCAUGACUAAGUUUAGUUGUUGUUUUGGGAAGGUAGCUUCCUCAACGGUGGAUGAUCAUAGAGCAAACAAUCGGGGGAACCACCUUGAUGUUAGUAGAGAACUUUUGGAUGUUGAGAAUAUGAGAUUUUAUACAUACAGAGAUUUGCGACUUGCAACCGAAGAUUUCAAACCUGAAAAUAAGAUUGGGGAGGGGGGUUUUGGUUCCGUGUUCAAGGGUAUGCUAAAAGAUGGCACAGUAAUUGCUGUAAAGGUUCUUGGUGCUGAGUCUAGGCAGGGAUUGCGAGAGUUCAUGACUGAGAUAACUGUUAUUUCAGACAUACAACAUGAAAACCUGGUCAAGUUGCAUGGUUGUUGCGUGGAAGGAGAUCAUAGAAUCUUGGUCUAUGGCUAUCUUAAAAAUGGUAGUGUAGAUCAAACUUUACUUGGGAGUGGUCAGUGUAGCAUUAAAUUUACAUGGGAAGUUCGAAGGAAGAUCUGCAUCGGUGUCGCCAAGGGGCUUGCUUAUCUUCAUGAGGAAGUGCAACCUCAUAUUAUUCAUAGGGACAUCAAGGCAAGCAAUAUCUUGCUUGAUGAAGAUUUUACCCCAAAGAUUUCAGAUUUUGGUCUAGCAAAGCUUUUCCCCUCUCAUCUGACUCAUGUUAGCACGCGCAUUGCAGGAACUCAAGGCUAUUUGGCUCCUGAGUAUGCGAUACGAGGCCAGUUGACGAGGAAAGCAGACAUCUACAGCUUUGGUGUUCUGCUUUUGGAAAUUGUUACUGGUAGACCCAACCAAAACAAGCGUUUACCUAUUGAAGAACAAUAUCUUCUUGAAAGGGUAUGGGAACAAUACAGGGAAGGAGAGCUAGAAAGAAUGGUGGAUACUUCAAUGGGAAAGGAUGUCGAUAUGGAUGAAGCUUGCUUGUACUUAAAGAUCGGUCUUCUUUGCACUCAAAGUCGUCCCAAAAACCGACCAUCCAUGUCUGAUGCCUUGAGGAUGUUAAAAGACGAAAUGAGUAUUAACGAAAAAGAUUUAUCCGAUCCAGGCUUACUAUCCGAGCUCAAGAAUUUCAAAACCGCAAAAAAUAACACAUCAGGUACAUCAUCUAGUGGCUCAGGAAAGCCCGAGGAUUCCACGACGUAUGGAAACACGUCGUCAUCGCAUGCCACCAUGACCUUCACGUCAAUCACUGAUAGAUGAUCUCGAGGCGCCCCCGUUCUUACUCCCGUUUAUGAUCAUAAUCAUUUUUAAAGAAAUUGAGAAAAACGCUCGCUAUUCAGGAUGUACAAAUGGGCGGUUAACUUGAGAAUUCUUGGUGAUCGAUGCCCAAAAUGGUCGAGUAUUGUAGAUGUGUCAAUUUUUUUGUAGACAUGUAGUAAGUGCAAGAGUCAUUAUGGGACGGAUUGGUUCCCGUAAGUUCUAUUUCUUUUUUGGGUUUCGAGUUUAAAAUGUUUAGAUGGUGUUGAAGAGAAAACUGUAGGAUUUGUCUGAAUGCUGGUGGAUAUAAUCGAACAUGUGUUGUAGAGUCAUCGAGCAAUCGAUGUUUAUAUC